UACUAUCCUUUUGUCAGUGAAUGUGACUACGGGAUAGCUUGGUGGGCCAUACAGCAAGGGCCAAGUCAAAAUGCCUUCUUAAUUGUGAAAUGUAAACUCGACCUAUCUUACAAGAAUGCCUGUGCGCUCCACCAAAAAAUUAAUCAUAAACUCCCUAGUGUUACUCUGUGGCACUGCAGUGUCAUUCAGAUAUCAGGCAUCAAUGAAGAGUUUGAAUUAUUCAUGCAAGAUCCUGUUGAAUGCAUCAAAGAACUGUGGGCUAAUCCUGUAUAUCUCGACCACCUCACCUAUGCACCAGAACACCGCUUUACAGAUGAAGGGAAAGUCGAGCACAUUUAUGAUGAACUAAUUAGUGAUGAUUGGUCUUGGGAGGCAUAG